CAGCCUCUCCCUGCCCCUCAACCCCCUUCGUCCCAUUCCAUACCCGCCUAUCCCAAUCAGACGCGUACUCUGUCCCCUGCACCACCCUACGACUCGGCCCUACCUGAUCCUUAUCAGCGUACAAGAGAUCUUGUCUAUGGUCCUUCUGGUGCCGCUCAACAUCAGCCGCAUUACACCCAUCCAGCCCCCUAUCCGCCGUUAUCACCUCCGCAUCCGACGACCACUCAGCCUGACCAGCGAUCAAGACUUCCGUUUUUUGAAGCUGCACUGGCCCGUUCCAGAGAUGGUCACACAAAUGCUCAAACGUGGACUACCGGUCCCACUACACAAACUGCCCCGUAUCAGCUGGCCCCCAGCUAUCUACCACCCACGGAUCCCAACCAUCCGAACCUCGCAGUGGGCUUGUUUCAGUCCAGCACCGUCCGAUUCGCCGCGAGUGCCCCGGAGGAAACCUUGAGAGCUGGGUCGAGAUCACCUUCUCCGGGCAUGGACGAAAGCUUCGAACACACCUAUCACUUCGAUGAUCGUGAUGAUCUUACCGGUGACGUGGAAAAGGCGCUGUUGUCCUCUCAGGCGAAUGAUCACGACCAAAAGGGGAUGGACGAUAAACUGUGGAACGAAAAGCUCUCGACAUUUGGACUGCUCGGAAAUGGACAAGAGGGUGAUCUGUCUCUUCCUCCUUUCACUGGACAUGGCGAUUCUUUCGAGGCACUUCAGACCUUUGAACAAGAUCUGGCCGCUUCGUCCACUCAGCAUUUUGGACCCGCCCCAACAGGACGUGUAGGCCGUAGGACUCAGAAUGCCCGGAGGAUCAAGCAGACUGCGACUUUGGAUGAGAAUGGUUUUUUUGCCGUCGACAUGCCGAUUCCGACCCGCUUGGCUCAGUUCCUCCCCGUGAAAGGCGUCGAGGAGCAGAAAAGCACUCGCUACACCGCGGUGACCACUGAUCCUGACGGUAUCCCCACUUCCGGUCUGAGGCUCCGUCAAAACACUUUCGAUCCACCAAGACAGACAGAACUUUUCAUCGUCAUCACGAUGUAUAACGAAGACGCAGAGUUGUUCUGCAGGACGCUUUACGGAGUGAUGAAAAACAUCGCCCAUCUCUGUGCUCGCAAAAAUUCACGAAUCUGGGGCAAGGAUGGCUGGCAGAAGGUGGUGGUCUGCAUAGUUGCGGACGGUCGUAAGGCCGUGAACCCUCGAGUGCUCGAUUGCUUGGCUGCUCUUGGUGUGUUUCAGGAGGGUGCAAUGACCAACUUCGUGAAAGAACGGCCAGUCACAGCACAUGUCUUCGAAUACACGACUAGCUUUGCUCUCAAUGGAGAUCUUCAAUUCAAGUAUCCAGACAGAGGAAUUGUGCCGUGCCAGAUCAUCUUCUGUAUGAAGGAAAAGAACGCCAAGAAGAUCAACUCGCACAGAUGGUUCUUCAAUCUCGCCCCAUUACUUUCUCCCAACGUGUGUGUUUUGCUGGACGUCGGCACCCGUCCUGCUCCGAAAUCUCUCUAUUACUUAUGGAAGGCCUUUGACCUCAACUCCAAGGUCGGCGGUGCUUGCGGGGAGAUAGCUACAUUUAAAGGGAAGACAUGGAGAAGUCUGCUGAAUCCCUUGGUGGCCGCGCAAUGCUUCGAGUACAAGAUGUCCAAUAUUCUUGACAAACCGAUGGAAAGUCUGUUCGGCUACUGUACUGUGCUUCCUGGAGCAUUCUCUGCCUAUCGAUGGAUCGCUCUCCAGAACAACCCGGAUGGCACCGGCCCUCUCGCCUCGUAUUUCCAAGGAGAACAGCUAGGUACGGGCAAAGCUGAUACUUUUACAGCCAACAUGUACCUAGCGGAGGACCGCAUAUUGUGUUUUGAGAUCGUUGCCAAGAGCAAAGCCAAUUGGAUUCUGAAAUUCGUCAAAUCCGCUGUUGGAGAGACAGACUGCCCUGAUACAAUUCCUGAGUUUAUCGCUCAGCGUCGACGGUGGCUGAACGGCUCACUCUUUGCUGCGGUGUAUUCGCUCAUCCACGUCAUGCAGAUCUGGCGGUCCGAUCACUCCCUCCUGCGAAAGAGUGCUCUCAUGCUGGAAUCUCUGUACAACGCACUCAACUUGGUAUUCACAUGGGUAGCCAAUUUUUACAUUUUUUUCGUCAUUCUCACAAGCGCUCUCGAGGGCAGCACCUUCAAUAUUCCGCACAUCGGUAUCUUAAAUAGCAUCGCACAAUACGGGUAUCUGGGCGCGCUGGUCGCGUGUUUUAUCUUUGGUAUGGGAAAUCGACCUCAAGGGUCUCCUUGGAAAUACAAAUUUACUAUCUACUUCUUCGCCAUCCUCACCACUUAUAUGCUCGUCUGUGCUGUACUAUGCGCUGCACAGGCCGUCAAACAAUUCAAUCAGCCUAUCUUCGCUCGCAUGGUCGUCUCUCUUGCCUCCACUUAUGGCAUCUUUAUUGUAUCAAGCAUCUUGGCCCUUGAUCCAUGGCAUUUGAUUACCUGUUUUGCUCAAUAUAUCCUCUUCUCUCCUAGUGAGUUACCGUUCCCGCCUAUGUUCCAGUAUGCGUAUUCAAAUCUUCAUGAUCUCUCUUGGGGCACAAAAGGGGCCGAUUCUCAAGCCAUUGAUUUGGGAGCCGUCCAAGGAAUUGGACGGCACGUAGAAGUCGAGCUCGUUUCUGCCCAACAAGACAUCGACGUCGCGUACCAAGACGCUCUUGAUAACAUCCGACUAAAGAGGGCUCGAGUAGACGUUGACGAGAACGCUCCUAAAAAAGAUCAGUCGGAACAACGCCAGAAGGACAUCUAUGCCAAUUUCCGAACGAAUCUACUACUCUGUUGGUCACUUUCAAAUGCGUUGCUGGCCAGCGUGAUCCUCUCCGGAGGCAAUGCGCAGGGAACUUUUGAUGGUUCUGGGCAGAGCCGGACAGCAAUCUAUAUGCUGAUUAUCUUGGUCUUUGUGGCUGGCAUGGCCAUGUUCAGGUUUAUCUGCUCCACUUUGUAUUUGAUAUUGAGAUUAUUC